AUGGCUGCUAGUAUGUCUGGUCACCUAUCCCUACAGUUUCUCUGGGUACUAAAGGCUCUGUUUACAUUACUAGAGUCUACCCUGGUUAAGAUUGAACUGCUCUAUGCUCUUAUUUUUAAGAUCCUUGUCGAUACUUGCUUCGUCCUCGUGGCACAGCUAGUUGUUAUGGCUGGUGUUAUCACUAUAGGAUGGGCUUUAUUUGUUGCAGCCUACCACAUCACUAACAAUAUAGUGGUCUUCUAA